AUGGAAGUGUGCAGGCAACUCCGAGGCACCUGCAACAUAGAUCAAGCCUCUUACAAAAACCGGAAGCUGCCAGGAGUCUCGCGAGCCUUGCACACCUCUCCUCCCUCUCCCACCUCUCGCGAGGUCGGCGCUAAGAACCGGGUGGCCCGAGUUCGACUGGGCAAGGGGGACAAGCUAGUGACCUGCGAGGAGGCGCACGCGCCUCACCACAUCACCCACCGCAAGGACUGGCUGGCACUGCACACAGGUAACCUGGAUGGGGAGGACCAGGCUACAGAGCGAGCGGUGGAAGAUGUCUUCCUUCGCCAGUUUCUGUUGGGCAUCUUCCCCGGCUGCCUCCCCGACCAGCUUAUUCUAAAGCGCCAGGCUAACCAGGUGGAGAUCUGUGCCCUGGUCCUGAGGCAGCUGCCUGCGCACAGGUUCUCCUUCCUUGUGGGCUACGGUGAGACUCUGCUGUCCCACUUUUACAAGUGUCCUGUGCAUCUCCAAACUGUGCCCUCAAAGAUUGUGUAUAUCUAG